AUGAGGACAAUGUUCCUCGCGCUGAGGACAAGGUUCCUCACGCUGAGGACAAGGUUUCUGACGCUGAGGACAAGGUUCCUCACGCUGAGGACAAGGUACCUCACUGACGACAAUGUUCCUCACGCUGAGAGCAAUUUUCCUCACGCUGAGGACAAGGUUGCUCACGCUGAAGACAAGGUUCCUCGCGCUGAAGACAAGGUUCCUCGCGCUGAAGACAAGGUUCCUCACGCUGAGGAAAAGUUUCCUGACGCUGAGGACAAGGUACCUCAAGCUGAGUACAAGGUUCCUCACGUUGAGGCCAAUCUUCGUCACGCUGAGGACAAGGUUAGUCACGCUGAGGACAAGGUACCUCACGCUGAGGACAAAGUUCCUCUCACUGAGGACAAGGUACCUCACGCUGAGGACAAGCUAGGUUCCUCAAGCUAAGGACAAGUUACCUCACGCUGACGACAAUGCUCCUCACGCUCAGCAGAAAAUUCCUCACGCCGAGGAGAAUGUUCCUCACGCUGAGGGCAAUGCUCCUCACGCUGAGGACAAGGUUCCUCAAGCUGAGGACAACUUUCCUCAUCUUCAUUACGCUGAGGGCAAGGUUCCUAACGCUUAGAACAAGGUUCCUAAUGCUGAGGUCAAAGUUUAAAAACUUUGACCUCAGCAUUAGGAACCUUGUCCUAAGCGUGAGGAACCUUGUCCUCAGCGUGAGUAACCUAGUCCUAAGCGGUAGAAACCUUGUUAGAACAAGGUUUCUACCGCCUAGGACAAGGUUACUCACGCUGAGGACAAGGUUCCUCUCGCUGAGGACAAUGUACCUUCGGCUAAGCACCAGGUUCCUCACGUUCUUUACGCUGAGGACGAGGAUCCUUACGCUGAGGACAAGAUUCCUCACGCUGAGGACAAGGUUCUUCAAGCUGAGGACAAAGUUCGUCACGUUCUUCACGCUGAGGGCAAGGUUCCUCAUGCUUAGGACAAGGUUCCUAACGCUGAGGACAAGUUUCCUAACAACCUCUCUAACGCUGAGGACAAGGUUACUCACGCUGAGGACAAGGUUCCUCAAGCUGAGGACUAGGUUCCUCACGUUCUUCACGCUGAGGACAAUGUUCAUAACGAUGAGGACAAUGUUCCUCGCGCUGAGGACAAGGUUCCUCACGCUGAGGACAAGGUUUCUCAAUCUGAGGACAAGGUUCCUCACGCUGAGGACAAGGUACCUCACGCUGAGGACAAGGUUCCUCACGCUGAGGGUAAUGUUCCUCACGCUGAGGACAAGGUUCCUCACGCUGAGGACAAUGUUCCUGACGCUGAAGACAAGGUUCCGCGCGCUGAAGACAAGGUUCCUCACGCUGAGGACAAGGUUCCUCACGCUGAGGACAAGGUACCUCACGCUGAGGACAAGGUUCCUCAAGCUGAGGACAAAGUUCGUCACGUUCUUCAUGCGGAGGGCCAGCUUCCUCACGCUUAGGACAAGGUUCCUAACAACGUUUCUAACGCUGAGGACAAGGUUACUCACGCUGAGGACAAGGUUCCUCAAGCUGAGGACUAGAUUCCUAACGUUCUUCACGCUGAGGCAAGGUUCCUCACGCUGAGGGCAAUGUUCCUCACGCUGAGGACAAGGUUCCUCACGCUGAGGAGAAGGUUCCUCGCGCUGAAGACAAGGUUCCUCGCGCUGAAGACAAGGUUACUCACGCUGAAGACAAGGUUCCUCACGCUAAACACAAGGUACCUCACGCUGAGGAGAAGGCUCUCACGCUGAGGACAAGGUUCCUCACGUUGAGGACAAGGUUCCCCGCGCUGAAGACAAGGUUCCUCGCGCUGAAGACAAGGUUCCUCACGCUGAGGACAAGGUUCCUCACGCUGAGGACAAGGUUCCUCACGCUGAGGACAAGGUACCUCACGCUGAGGACAAGGUUCCUCACGCUGAGGGGAAAGUUCCUCACGCUUAGGACAAGGUUCCUAACGCUGAGGACAAGGUCCCUAACAACGUUUCUAACGCUGAGGACAAGCUUACUCACGCUGAGGACAAGGUUCCUCAAGCUGAGGACCAGGUUCCUCAUGUUCUUCACGCUGAGGACAAGGUUCAUAACGCUGAGGACAAUGUUCCUCGCGCUGAGGACAAGGUUCCUCACGCUGAGGACAAGGUUUCUCACGCUGAGGACUAGGUUCCUCACGUUCUUCACGCUGAGGACAAGGUUCAUAACGAUAAGGACAAUGUUCCUCGCGGUGAGGACAAGGUUCCUCACGCUGAGGACAAGGCUUCUGACGCUGAGGACAAGGUUCCUCACGCUGAGGACAAGGUACCUCACGCUGACGACAAUGUUCCUCACGCUUUGAGCAAUUUUCCUCACGCUGAGGACAAGGUUGCUCACGCUGAGGACAAGGUUCCUCGCGCUGAAGACAAGGUUCCUCGCGCUGAAGACAAGGUUCCUCACGCUGAGGACAAGUUUUCUGACGCUGAAGACAAGGUACCUCACGCUGAGUACAAGGUUCCUCACGCCGAGGACAAGGUUCCUAACAACGUUUCUAACGCUGAGGACAAGGUUACUCACGCUGAGGACAAGGUUCCUCAAGCUGAGGACUAGGUUCCUCAUGUUCUUCACGCUGAGGACAAGGUUCCUCACGCUCAGUACAAGGUCCUCACGCUAAGGACAAUGUUCCUCACGCUGAGGACAAGAUUCCUCAUGCUCAGGACAAGUUCCUCACGCUGAGGACAAUGUUCCUAACGCAGAGGACAAGGUUUCUCACGCUGAGGACAAGGUUCCUCACGCUGAUGACAAGGUACCUCACGCUGGCGACAAGGUUGCUCACGCUAAGGACAAGGUUCCUCACGCUGACGACAAUGCUCCUCACGCUCAGUAGAAUGUUCCUCACGCUGAGGACAAUGUUCCUCACGCUGAGGGGAAUGCUCCUCACGCUGAGGACAAGGUUCCUCAAGCUGAGGACAACUUUCCUCACGUUCUUUACGCUGAGGGCAAGGUUCCUCACGCUUAGGACAAGGUUCCUAACGCUGAGGUCAAGGUUUCUAACAAGGUUUCUAACGCUUAGGACAAGGUUACUCACGCUGAGGACAAGGUUCCUCUCGCUGACGACAAGGUACCUUCCGCUAAGCACCAGGAUCCUCACGUUCUUUACGCUGAGGACAAGGUUCGUCACGCUGAGGACAAGGUUCCUCACGCUGAGGUCAAGGUUCCUCGCGCUGAAGACAAGGUUCCUCGCGCUGAAGACAAGGUUCCUCACGCUGAGGACAAGGUUCCUCACGCUGAGGACAAGGUACCUCACGCUGAGGACAAGGUUCCUCACGCCGAAGACAAGGUUCCUAACAACGUUUCUAACGCUGAGGACAAGGUUACUCACGCUGAGGACAAGGUUCCUCAAGCUGCGGACUAGGUUCCUGAUGUUCUUCACGCUGAGGACAAGGUUCCUCACGCUGAGGACAAGGUUCCUCGCGCUGAAGACAAGGUUCCUCGCGUUGAAGACAAGGUUCCUCACGCUGAGGACAAGGUUUCUCACGCUGAGGACAAGGUUCCUCACGCUGAGGACAAGGUACCUCACGCUGACGACAAGGUUCCUCACGCUAAGGACAAGGUUCGUCACGCUGUCGACAAUGCUCCUCACGCUCAGGAGAAAGUUCCUCACGCUGAGGACAAUGUUCCUCACGCUGAGGGCAAUGCUCCUCAUGCAGAGGACAAGGUUCCUCAAGCUGAGGACAACUUUCCUCACGUUCUUUACGCUGAGGGAAAGGUUCCUCACGCUUAGGACAAGGUUCCUAAUGCUGAGGUCAAGGUUUCUAACAAGGUUUCUAACGCGUAGGACAAGGUUACUCACGCUGAGGACAAGGUUCCUCUCGCUGAGGACAAGGUACCUUCCGCUAAGCACCAGGUUCCUCACGUUCUUUACGCUGAGGACAAGAUUCCUCACGCUUAGGACAAGAUUCCUCACGCUGAGGACAAGGUUCCUCAAGCUGAGGACAAAGUUCGUCACGUUCUUCACGCUGAGGGCAAGGUUCCUCACGCUUAGGACAAGGUUCCUAACGCUCAGGACAAGGUUCCUAACAACGUGUCUAACGCUGAGGACAAGGUUACUCACACUGAGGAAAAGUUCCUCAAGCUGAGGACUAGGUUCCUCACGUUCUUCACGCUGAGGACAAGGUUCAUAACGAUGAGGACAAUGUUCCUCGCGCUGAGGACAUGAAGUUUCCUCACGCUAACGACAAGGUUUCUCACGCUAAGGACAAUGUUCCUCACGCUGAGGACAAGGUACCUCACGCUGAGUUCAAGGUUCCUCACGCUGAGGGCAAUGUUCCUCACGCUGAGGACAAGGUUCCUCACGCUGAGGACAAGGUUCCUCGCGCUGAAGACAAGUAG